UUUGUAUGAUCUCCAUCUCCCAUUGCGUCGUGUUCUGUCGUGCCCUGUGCCCUCCGGACGGCUCGCGCAAGUGUUUUGGAAGCGUGCGUGUUAAAGUAUUGCGCAUUAUGUUCGUGUAAGCUUCGGGGGUCAUUUGGACACCGAGAAAGCCAACGCUGAAGUAUGUCUCUGCUUCUGAAACACACCCUGAAGCGUUGUAGGACGUUUUCGCCGAGCCGGAACGAUGUCGUGCUUCUCCUGCGGCGUUUCGUUUCGGAAACAGCUCCUGGGCCGCACAUGGGAGUGCCGGUGGUCGAAGAGCGUCCCCUCGAUCUGUCCCAGGGAAAAGUCAAGCGAGAACCUUUCGUCAAGAAUAUGUUUAUAGGGAAGAUGGAAAGGGCCAUGCUAGCGUACCCAGAGGUGCUAACAAACGAGAAGCUUGAGGAGCUCGAAGCUAUGGUAGAGGCCAUCCGGAGGUUCUACGAUGAGAAUGUGGACACUGCCAAAAUAGACAGGGAAAAGAACAUACCGAAGGAAAUUCUGGAUGGCUUAAAGGCUCUAGGACUGUUUGGAUUACAAGUUCCAACAGAAUAUGGUGGCCUUGGCCUGACAGCUACAGAAUAUGCAAGGAUAUGUGAAGUCACUGGAAAAGAUGCAUCCUUGGGUGUCACUCUGGCUGCACACAAUUCUAUUGGCAUUAAGGUCUGUGAAUAGCUU